UUAAUAAACAAAAUACACACAUUUAGCUUCCUCUAUGAAAUAAACGCAUUUUAGUAGGCUAAGCUGCGUUACUAAAGCUGCCAUUAGUGACGUCAACAUCUUGAAUUUAUCCAAUUUCAAAGGAAAAGUCGGCCACGCUAGUGAGUGAGAAGACCCUGCUUAUUAUAGUGCUGCAUCCACAUAUACACAGACUGUAUGAAAUAUUUAAACUAAAUAUUAAAAACAUGUAACAUUAUUAGCGACUUUAAAAUCGAAUGACACGGACAGCAUGGGAAGGGGGCGUUGACAGCCACAUUCAUGUGUUACAUAAAGAGCAUGAUAAAGGACUGAGCCCUGUCCAUGCUGCUCGGAGCCCUGUCGCACAGUCCACCUCAGGAGAAGCAUAGAACAGCCUUUAUUUGAUCAAAAGAACAGGCAGGCCGAGAGGAAAGAUGGCGGCUUCCUUGCUGAGGAUAGGACGUAUAGGCUGUGUCAAGCUUCUGAUUUAGCUGGUGUGCUAACUACAGUUUGGAUAGUCCUAUGCUGAGAGAGUGAUUGUUUGCAGGCUGAGAGCUGGAGUACUCUGAGGAGAGCGCCUGCAGCUGCAGCCUUUAGCACAAAAUCUGGGGGUUCCAAGAAGUCGACACAAAAGAAAAGCUCAGACAAAGACCAGGCUAAAACAUACUUCGAUUUAGAGAAACUUGUCCAGCACAAGACGUAUGACCUUCCCAAGAAAGAAGUUUCUCCAGCUGCAGCUGUUGCAGAAGCUGCAGCAGCAGAGCCCUACCCCCGCUGCCGCUGCCGCCGCACCUGAGGCUGUGGCAACCACCCCUGUGGUAGAAACUGUGCCCGCGGUCGAGGCUGUCGCCGAGGCUGUCGCCGAAGCUGCGCCCGCGGUCGAAGCUGCGCCUGUGGUGGAGGCUGUGGUCGAAGCUGCGCCCACGGUCGAAGCUGCGCCUGUGGUGGAGGCUGUGGUCGAAGCUGCGCCUGCAGUGGAAGCUGCCCCUGUGGUGGAGGCUGUGGUUGAAGCUGCGCCCGUGGUGGAGGCUGUCUCGGAAGUAAUUGUAGAGGCUGUGCCAGCAGCUGAAGCUGUUGCUGAAGCUGCCCCAGUAGUUGAAGCUGCUGCAGUGCCAGAAUCUGCUGCUGAAGUUCCUGUUGAAGUUGCUCCAGUUGUGGAAGCCGCUGAAGCUGCCCCGGUAGAAGUUGCUGCAGAGCCCCUGGCUGAAGUUGCUGCUGAAGCUGCCCCUGUAGAAGCUGAAGCUGCCCCUGUAGAAGCCGCUGCAGAGCCCCUGGCUGAAGCUGCCCCUGUAGAAGCUGCUGCAGAGCCCUUGGCUGAAGCUGCCCCGGUAGAAGUUGCUGCAGAGCCCCUGGCUGAAGUUGCUGCUGAAGCUGCCCCUGUAGAAGCUGCUGCAGAGCCCCUGGCUGAAGCUGCCCCUGUAGAAGCUGCUGCAGAGCCCCUGGCUGAAGCUGCCCCUGUAGAAGCUGCUGCAGAGCCCCUGGCUGAAGCUGCCCCUGUAGAAGCUGCUGCAGAGCCCCUGGCUGAAGCUGCCCCUGUAGAAGCUGCUGCAGAGCCCUUGGCUGAAGCUGCCCCUGUAGAAGCUGCUGCAGAGCCCCUGGCUGAAGCUGCCCCUGUAGAAGCUGCUGCAGAGCCCCUGGCUGAAGCUGCCCCUGUAGAAGCUGCAGCUGAAGGUUCUGGCCCUGUGGAGGCUACAGAGGAGCUGGUGGACCAUGCACCAGUCGUAGCUGAAGCUGCAGGAGAGGAGCUGCAGGUGGAGGCCCCAGCUGAACCAGCUGAACCGUUUGAGGCUCAAAUGGACCCAAUUCAGAAGCUCUUCCUGGACUCCAUACGUGAAUAUUCUUCUAGAAGCCAGGCAGCUGAGGGGCUAGUGGAUGCAGGAGCAGAUUAUGAUAAGGCCUGGGCAGAUGAGGUAGCAAAGCUUGAGAGACUCUAUGGUGGUGGGGACAUGACAUCUUUUCCAGAGUUCAAAUUCACAGAGCCCAAGUUUGAUGAAGUUGCCCAGAAGUGAACAGCAUCAUUAUGCAAUUGAACUUUUCUAAUGUUGCCUUUUUACCUGUACAUCAUACACUUAUGUCUGCUUAAUGUCAUAUUUACAACAAACCAUUGCCUCUAGCUUUGUAUGCAAUUAUUAGAUCUGUUUCAGUUGCUAGCUAUGUGUUGGGAAUGGAAGCUUAAGCUUGGAUGUACAUUUCUGUCAGACAAAGUGAAUUUAGGGCUGUGAAAUAUGAAUUGUAUAGAUAGAUCCUUGGCUGAGUUGAAUGUGAAUAAACCAAUAAAUUUCAGUUCAUAUUU